AUGGAACGUCAAUCAACAACAUUUAUUUUAAUGAAAAUACUUCGAGAUUUAAAUUUCAAUACAAAUGUUGAGGCUCGUGAACAACAACGACGUUUUGUUAAAGAACGUUUUCAACGUUCAAAUACAAAUAUUCAACGUUGUAUAACAUCUUCUAGUGCAGAUUUAACCGAAUUAAUAACAAAUUUUUCUGAUAUAUAUACUUCAAUCGAACAAUCAAAAAAUCGUGUAGAAAAUGUUCGUGAACGUUUACGUGAAUGUAAAAAUUUAUUAUUAUUAAAACGUCAAGAUAUACGUAAAUUAUGGUUAUUAACAUCUGAACAAAAUGCAUUAGUUCGUAUAUAUCAAAAUUUAGAUGAAUUAAAAUAUAUUCCAUCACGUUUACAAUUUUAUUUAAAUAAACGUUUAUAUAUUCAUGCAUCAUUACUUUUAAUAAAAGCAAAAGAACAUCAAGAAUUACGUUUAAUCAAUGCUCUCUCGGAUAUUGAUACACAAAUAAAAGAAGAACGUAUUGCAUUAGAAGAUCAAUUACGUAUUGAAUUAAUUGAUCAAUUAUUUGAUAAACCAUGUCGAGAUAUACUUGGAAAUAAAAAUUUAACAUCAACAACAGCGAAUAAUCUUACAAAUAAAACCGAUCAAAAUUCUUUAUUACGUACAAGGGAAAAUCGUUUAUUAAGAAAACAACUUGAUCAAGAAUUUGAAGAAGGUAAAUUAUCAAUGGAAUCACAUUUAUUAGCAAUUAUACCUGAUAAAUAUAUGUUAGUUGAUAUACGUUAUCAAGCACCAGAUUUAUAUCUUGAUGUUUUAUUACAAUCAUUAUCAAUAUUAUCGAAUUUAAAUGUUACACUUGAUUUUAUACAAAAAUUAUUUUCUGAACAAUUAUAUCGAUGUGUUUUACGUACAACACAACAUAUUAUUGAUAAUAAUUUUAUUCAAUCAAAUAAUUCAAAUCAAAAUUUAACAGUUAAUAAUCCCGAUUGUUUAAGAGAUUUAUUAGAAACAUGUUAUGAACAAUUUAAACUUAUUGUUAAAACAACUGAAUAUUUAUUGAAUAUGUUAAAAUUAAUUCAAGAACGUCAAGCACCAUUACAAGUUCAACAACAAGAAUAUCUUACAUGUUAUAAACAACAUGAUCAUAAAUCUGAACAACAUUCAUCAGUUCCUCCAAAUGAAAUACAUUUUGAAAUACCUUUUAUAUUUUCAAUUGAACUUGUUUGGGAAACUCUUCAACAAGUUCUUAGUGAUGUAUUAAAUGAAUAUAUUGAUUAUAAUAAUACAUUAGAUACAUUAUCAUCAAAUUCAUCUUCAACAUCAAUUUCAACUGAUUAUGCUAAUCGUCCAUCAUUAAUUGAUUUCUCACAAUAUUUAACAAAAAAAGCUCCACCACGUUCACAACAAAUAGCACGUAUUUUUACAUUUUCACAAUCAGCACAAUUUAAUUCAAUGACAUCAUAUUUACAAGAACAAAAUCGUUUUGUUAUUAAACAAAAAGCAUCAACAACAAAAACAUCUUCUAUUACAUAUAAACAAUAUGUAUGUAAACCAAAUUAUCGAAAUGUUACAGCUGUACAUGAUGUUCUUCAAAGAAUUAUUGAAGAUAUUGAUAUACAAUAUAAAUUACAUCCUACAAAACGUAUUCUUGAUAGAAAAUUAACUGAAUUUAUUCGUGAUUGUUUUAUUGGUCGUGUUAUAAAAGAUAUUCGUGAAUCAGCACAAUUAUCUUCAUUAACAUCAAAAAUAGGUGAUCAAAAUCGUUUAAUGGAAUUAAUACCAUUAGUUUUACAAAAACAACUUCAACUACCUGUACCAAUUCUUCAAUCAACUUAUUUAAUAUUUAAAUCUUGUGAAGAAUUAUGUGCAUUAGUUAAAUGUCUACCAACAUAUGCAGAUGAUUUUUGUCAAGCUAUUGCUGAUCUCUUAUUUAAACAUCGUGAAUAUUGUAAUAAAUUAUUUUUAUCAAUUGUUGAAAAAGCAGAUACACCUGGAAUAUCAAUUUAUUCAAAUGAAUGGGUUAAAGAUCCAGAUAUUAAUCGUCAUUUACGUACAUUGCCUGCAUUUGAUACAUUUAUACGUAUAGCUAAACAACAAUAUAAAAGUGAUGAAGAAAAUGAUAAUGUAGAAAAUAUACGUUUUAGACAAGCAAAAGAAACGGAAACAUUAUUAAUUAAUUUUAGUCAAAAUGAAAUGAAUCCAGAAGAUAUUUGUACUAAUUCAAAACAUAUUGCAGAUUUAGCAAUUAUUCAUGAAAGUUUAGAUUGGCUAUAUUGUAAAUUAUUAUAUUAUUUUGAUAUUUUGGAUAAAUGUUUAAAUGAUCCAAGAUAUCUUGAUGCAUUAACACAAACAACAGUAACAUCUGUUUUUACUUCACGAUCAGCCAAACAGAAUCUCUCUCAAUAUGAUCAAUUAAAAAUCUCACGUGUAAAUUUAGAAAUAUUUUCUAAUGCAAUGAAAACAAUCUUAACAUUAUCCUAUGAUAUAUUACUUGUUUUAUUUCUUGAAAUACGUUUACAUUGUUUUUAUUAUUUAUCAUUAUUAUUUCGUAAUCCAUUAAGUUAUUCUUAUACAAUUGAUACGGAUCCAGAUGAAAAUAUAAUGCAAUUAAAUCGUGAUUUAACACGUUUACAAGAAACAUUAAGUUCAUCAUUAAAUGAAAAGAAAUUUUCAUUUUUAUUUCAAGGUCUUGGAUUUGUUCUUGCAACAAUAUUAAUACGUUCAGCAUCACGUUUCAAUCGUAUAAGUGAAUCAGGUGUAACAAAAAUGUGUCGAAAUAUUUUUACAAUUGAACAAACAUUAGCACAAAUACGUACAGUUGGUGAUGCUGAAUUAAUGCGUGCACAUCAAUAUUAUGAAUUAUUAUAUACAACAAAACCAGAAGAAAUUAUUAAUAUUAUUGAAGAACAUGGACCCGAAUAUACUGAACAAGAUUAUCUUAAUUUAUUACAAUUACAUCAUCGAAGUUUUGCAGCAUAUGAUAAAGGCAGUUUUAAUUUAAAUAAAUAUGAAGAAUUAAUUAAAAAUGCUUUAAAUCCAAAAUCCAAAGGCAAUAAAUAA